AUGGCUGCUCCCAAAAGCACAACAAGCACUCGCUUGACUCAGAUCAAGGACUUCCUAACCAUGAACAAGACUGCAAGCUUGUCCAUGCCUUUUGAUCCCGACUCUACCAUCUUCCCUACUCGUAAAGAGUUGCCCACUAUUCCCGGAGCUCCAGAAGGUGCCGCAUGGGUCUGGGGUGAAAACGACAACAUCGGCCGUCUUAACCUCCUAACACCAACUCGUGUCGCAGCAGCAGCAAAGGAAAUAAAAUCCGGAGAAAUCAUCCCUGUCAACCUCCCUCUCAACACUCCAGAAGUUCCUGCCUUUCACCGCGAGAGUUUCAAACACGAAAUCAAGACACUUGCUGCGGAUAUUGCUUACGAUGAUCUCUACUCUCUAAACACCCAAUCAGGAACUCAAUUCGAUGGGUUCCGUCACUUUGCUCACAUCCCUUCUGGCACUUUUUACAACAACACAAAGGGUUCGGAUAUCGUGGGUCCGAAUGCAAAUCACAAGUGUUCGAUUCAUCAUUGGGCUGUCCAUGGAAUCGCAGGUCGAGGAAUUCUUCUCGAUUACCGUGGUUACGCCCACAAAAAAGGCAUUGUUUAUGAUCCUUACGAGUACUAUCCCAUCUCCUUUGAAGAACUGAAACAUUGCGCGGAAGAUCAAGGAAUCGAUAUCCGCCCAGCUUCCCAAGGCGGUGAUGUCAAGAUUGGAGAUAUUCUAUUCGUGCGCACUGGUUGGGUUGAGGCCUAUCAUAGCAAAUCCCCUGCCGAACGUAACGAAUUGGCUGUGAGACCCCACGCAAUAGGCAAAGAUGACGGCCAGAGAUUUGCAGGACUUAGUCAGGAAGAAAGAAUGCUAGACUGGCUACACGACUCUUACUUUGCUGCUGUAGCCGGAGAUGCUCCUGCUUUUGAGGCUUGGCCAACACACGAAGACUACCAUCUUCACGAGUACAUACUUGCGCUUUGGGGCAUGCCAUUGGGGGAAAUGCUGGAUCUGGAGAAAUUGUCACAGACUUGUCGGGAGAAGAAUAGAUGGACGUUCUUCUUUACUGCUGCGCCGGCGAAUGUGCAAGGUGGUGUAAGCACGCACGUCAACGGCACCGCCAUCUUCUAG